CUGAACGCGAGUAGAGAGGUUUUACUUUCUGCUGCGAGCACGUCACUUUGCAUCUCCUAGCUUCACAAGAAGGACAAAUCAUUUUCAAAAUGUCAACAGAGUGUCUUAUGACUCCAGAGGUUCUGGAAAACAGACUAAAUGGCCAGGAACAGUUAUAUUCAAAGCUUUCAGAAAAACUGAUCGAGGACUGCAAGGUGGAUGCAGAACAAAAACAGGAUAAGGGCCCCUCAGAAGCACAGGGACCUGAACAGGAGCAGAAAAAACCCAGGAGAAAAGACACGCCAGUGCUUUAUAUCCAUCCUGUUAUUCCAGGAGUUAAACUGAUGAAAGAAGAAAAGCGAGGCAUUUUUAUGGAAGAUGAAGAAAAAGAAUGGAAGAAUUAGCUGCCCUGUUGUAUCUUAAGAAACGGGAUGAUUGACAGGGAUUUCGAGGGUGGUAGAAGUUCUGAAGUGUGCUGACUCAUGGGUUUGUUUUUUUGCACACUUUCUCUUUGAGUGUCCCUACGAAUUGCAAACUACAUCUGUACGUGUGAUAUCACUUCAUCCCAUUCACAAUAAGUGUUUUUUUGUAAUGGUCUAUAUGUGUUAUGCCUUAUGUAAUGAAACAAACAGGCAUUUAGCUUUUGGAUAAAUAGUAGAACCUCAUUUCACCUACUGCAAAAAUUCAAUAAUCAAAACCAAGUUCAAUUUGUUUUGUUUGCAAGACUGUCAAAAACCAGCCUACAGACAUCUGUUUUUUUUUUUUGUAAUAUUUCCUAUUUUUUAAUUCUAAUACAUAAAUUUACUGACCAGCCCCAUACCACUGGGAAGCACCUCCACUUCUGACAUUUAUUACAUUUAUAGAAAGAAAAAUAUUGCUAUUUAAAUACUAAUUACCAUUUAUAGUAAUUCAAUUAACUGUGCCAUUGAGGGCUUGUUGUUGCCCCUUAUCCACCAACAUCAAUAUUAGCAGAAGAAACAACUUUCCCUAUGAAUACAUUUUCAUUAUAGUACUGCUGUCCUGAAAAUGUCUUUGUAAAAGGUACUGGAUCAAAUAACAAAACAAACAAAAACUGGUAAAGAUAACUGAUGCUUUUUGGCAUUUCG